GUGCCAUUUUCUCAUUGGUUGUUGAACGCAUCGUUGAAACAAGACUGUUUGCCGAGAAAAUAAGUAAAAGAGGAAAGGGUUAAAAAAGAGUAAAAAUAGUUGCCGAGGGAAGAGAUUAAUGGGAGACAAGCAAGAAACACCUAAAACGGCGUCGAAGAAAUCACGCGGACCAGCUACAGCUGCCAGGUCUAUUGAUACAUAUGCAGCUCAGUGUGAAAAAUGCUUGAAAUGGAGGGUGAUUGAUAAAGCAGAAGAGUACGAGGACAUUAGAAGUAAAAUUACAGAUCAACCAUUUGUUUGUGAGCAAAGACCUGGUGUUUCCUGCAAGGAUCCUGCUGAUAUUGAAUAUGAUGCCACUCGAGUCUGGGUCAUUGACAAGCCUGGCAUCCCAAAGACCCCUGAAGGAUUUCGAAGAAGCUUGGUGCUUAGAAGAGAUUUCUCAAAAAUGGAUGCUUACUAUAUAACUCCAACGGGGAAGAAAUUGAGAACUCGUACUGAUGUAUCAUCUUUUCUUGCAGCAAAUCCUGAAUACAGUGAUAUACCCCCUUCAGAAUUCACUUUCAAUGUCCCAAAGAUAAUGAAUGAUACCGUUCCUGGAGAUGUCAGAAAGGGCUCUGCCACUGCUGAUGGUAAGAAAAGGGGGAAAACAUCACAGGCUAUUGUUUCAGCUGGAACUGCCGGGGAUUAACAGCUAGCUGCCUCACGUAUUUUUUCCUUGGGUCAUUUAUUUCUGUGGUUACAUUAUUGAAGAUUGAUGUUUUUGUAGUUAAGCUACUCUUGAAUCAAGAUUUAGUUUGGUGUAUGGUACAACCGAACUGUUAACCCAGCCUUGUCAUUUUGUGUACUAUCAGAAAGUACAGCUAGGAAAAAAGUGGUACAUUUGACUGAAUAUACUUGGCAGAACUAUGGCCCUAGGAAUAGCUGUUGAUAAUGGUCUUUGUAUGGUGGAAUUAUGUUCUAUGGAGUAGCUAAUUCUAUCGUACCAA